GGACAAACUUCGAAACCACAUAAUAUUUAUCUAAACUCAAUAUAUAGGCUUUCUGUGCGAACUUGCUCUAUAGAACAUCACCACACAGAGGAGUCAUUUAAUCAUUAAUCAAGAAUGGAAGUACUUCUCCUUGUCCUCACAAUCUCUCUUCCCCUGCUUUUGCUUUUCAAGCUUGGAAAUUACUAUGUCAGCAACCUAAAUCCCCGCCCACCAGGUCCCCGUGGCCUCCCAUUAAUCGGAGACAUGCACAAAUUUGACACCUUAAACACUCACCUCUACUUGUACAAACUUUCCCAGAAGCACGGCCCUCUCAUGUCUUUACAGUUAGGCUCUGUUCGAAUUCUGGUCAUCUCAUCGGCAAGAGCAGCCAAAGAAGUUUUUAAAUACCAUGAUCUUUGUUUUUCAAGCAGGCCGACUUCACUGAGCCUCCAAAAAAUAUCUUACAACGGCUCAGACAUUGCUUUUGCACCAUAUAGUUUGUACUGGAGGGACAUGAGAAAACUAUGUACCCUGCAUCUAUUUAGUUCUCAAAGGUCCCAGUCUUUUCAGCCUAUUCGCGAAGGAGAGGUUGCACGAAUGGUCAGAGCAAUACGCGAUGAAGCUGCUGCUGGUUCCAGCAUCGUAAAUUUGAGCAAAACUCUCACAACUUUGACAAGCUCGGUAAUAUUUAGGAUUACUUUUGGUAAAAGAUAUGAUGAAGAAGAAGAAUAUGGUUCAAUGAAUGAUACUCAAAAUAAAAUAAGCAGUAAAUUUCAUUGGGUGCUAACUGAAACUCAGGCGAAUCUUUCAAGUUUGUUCCUUGCAGAUUGUUUUCCUGUGAUGGGUCAUUUGAUUGAUAGGCUAAGUGGUGCAUGGUCACGGCUGGAGAAGAGUUGUAACGAAAUAGAUGCUAUUUAUCAACAACUCAUCGACGAAUAUCUUCAUACAUCCGGUACAGCAUCUACCCAAGACGGCAGCAUCCUGGACAUCUUACUCCAGAUGAAAAAGGAUUCAUCUGAUUUUACCUUGGAUCACAUCAAAGCAAUUUUAAUGAAUGUUUUAGUUGCAGCAACUGACGCAAGUGCAGCAGCCGUAGUUUGGGCCAUGACUUUACUGAUCAAGAACCCCGCACCAAUGAAGCAAGUACAACAAGAAGUUAGAGAUUUGAUGGGAAAAAAGGGAUUUGUAGACGAAAACGACGUCCAAAAGCUUGUUUAUCUUAAAGCAGUCGUGAAGGAGGCCAUGAGAUUGCACCCGCCCUCUCCACUUCUUUUGCCUCGAGAAACCAUUGAUAAAUGUGUGAUAAAUGGUUACCAGAUUGAAGCAAAAACACGCGUAUACGUCAAUGCAUACGGUAUAGGAAGGGAUCCUGAAUGUUGGGAUAAUCCAGACGAGUUUUUACCGGAAAGAUUCAUGAAUAGUAGCAUUGAUUUUAGAGGGCAGCAUUUUGAGCUGAUACCAUUUGGAACAGGGCGCAGAAUUUGUCCAGGGAUAUCAAUGGGAGUGGCUACGACAGAGCUAGCGCUGGCGAAUCUUCUCUAUUCUUUCAACUGGGAACUGCCUCCCGGUAAAGAUAGGAAAGAUAUUGACAUGGCUGCCCUGCCUGGAAUAACAAUGCACAAGAAGAAUCAUCUUUGUCUUGUCCCAGUGAUUGUAAACUAAAAGUACAAGCUCAUGCUGUCAUGCAUAUUAUGUCUUUUGCACAGUGCGACAUCUGACAAAGUUUAGUGCUGAUCAUGUGUCCAUAGGCACAUCAUAGAAAAAUUGUAAGUUUAAUGGAUGUUAGUAACAAAUUAUUAAGCAUUAUAGCUUUAUUGUUUCGU